UGUCGUCAGAGCUCCAGGGAGGGACCUGGGUAGACAGAGAAGCCGGAAACAGCGGGCUGGGGCAGCCACUGCUUACACUGAGGAGGAAGGACGGGAGAAGAUUUUGUGUGUGUGUGUGUGUGAGUGUGUGUGUGUGUGUGUGUGUGUGUGUGUAUUUUUUCUUUUUGGUGGUGAUGGCGGAGGGCGGGUGCUCGCAGGGCCAGCCCUGAACUCGCUGGACAGAGCUACAGACCCAUGGGGCCUGGCAGUGCCCGCUGAGAAAGGGAGAAGACAGCAGAGGGGUUACCAAGAUGAGAAGACUGAGGCCCACAGAGGGAGGUUCCUUGCCCACAGUACCAAAGCCAGAUGCCCUCGAAACACCAGGUCAUGUCUCUGUGGGGGCUGGUCUCCCAGAUGCCCCCAGAAAAAUUGCAGCGGCUCUAUGUCGACUUUCCCCAUCACCUGCGGCAUCUCCUGGGUGACUGGCUGGAGAACCAGCCCUGGGAGUUCCUGGUCGGCUCAGAUGCCUUCUGCUGCAACAUGGCCAGCACCCUACUUUCCGCCACUGUCCAGCAUCUCCAGGCCUCCGCCAGAAAGCAGGGGGAGGGGAGUGCCAUCUUGCAGCACAUCAGCACUCUGGAGAGCAUAUAUCAGAGGGACCCCCUGAAGCUGGUGGCCAUUUUCAGACAAAUACUUCAAGGGGAGAAAAAAGCUGUUAUGGAACAGUUCCGCCACCUGCCAAUGCCCUUCCACUGGAAGCAGGAGGAACUCAAGUUUAACACAGCUCUGCAGAGGCUGCAGCACCGAGUAGGCGAAAUUCGCCUUCUCCGAGAAGCCCUGCAGCAGGGGACUGAGGCUGGCCAAGUGUCUCUGCACAGCUUGAUACAAACCCCUGCCAAUGGGACUGAGCCAAGUGAGGCCCUGGCCUCGUUGCUGCAGGAGACUGUCGGGGAGCUGGAGGCUGUCAAGGCCCUGGUGCUGAAGAGGAUCCAGAUUUGGAAACGGCAGCAGCAGCUGGCAGGGAACGGCGCCCCAUUUGAUGAAAGCAUGACCCUACUACAGGAGAGGUGUGAGAGCCUGGUGGACAUUUAUUCCCAGCUGCAGCAGGAGGUGGGGGCAGCUGGUGGGGAGCUUGAGCCCAAGAACCGGGCAGCACUGAUUAGCCGGCUGGAUGAAGUCCUUCGAACCCUCGUCACCAGCUCUUUCCUGGUGGAGAAGCAGCCCCCCCAGGUUCUGAAAACUCAGACCAAGUUUUCGGCUGGGGUUCGAUUCCUGCUGGGCCUACGGUUCCUGGGAGCCUCAGCCAAGCUUCCACUGGUCAGGGCCGACAUGGUGACUGAGAAGCAGGCGAGGGAGCUGAGCAUGCCUCAGGGGUCUGGGGCUGGAGCAGAAAGCACCGGGGAAAUCACCAACAACACCGUGCCCCUGGAGAUCAGUGUUUCUGGGAACUGCUGCUCUGCCCUGUUCAAGAACCUGCUUCUGAAGAAAAUCAAGAGGUGUGAACGGAAGGGCACCGAGUCUGUCACCGAGGAGAAGUGUGCUGUGCUCUUCUCCACCAGCUUCACUCUCGGCCCCAACAAACUCCCCAUCCAGCUCCAGGCCCUAUCUCUGCCCCUCGUGGUCAUCGUCCACGGCAACCAAGAUAACAAUGCCAAAGCCACCAUCUUGUGGGACAAUGCCUUCUCUGAGAUGGACCGUGUGCCUUUUGUGGUAGCUGAGCGGGUACCCUGGGAGAAGAUGUGUGAAACUCUGAACCUCAAGUUCAUGGCUGAGGUGGGGACCAACCAGGGGCUACUCCAAGAGCACUUCCUCUUCUUGGCCCAGAAGAUCUUCAAUGACAACAGCCUCAGCAUAGAGGCCUUCCAGCACCGUUCUGUGUCCUGGUCACAGUUCAACAAGGAAAUCCUGCUGGGUCGUGGCUUCACCUUUUGGCAGUGGUUCGAUGGUGUCCUGGACCUCACCAAACGCUGUCUCAAGAGCUACUGGUCAGAUCGGUUGAUCAUUGGCUUCAUCAGCAAACAGUACGUUACUAGCCUUCUUCUCAACGAGCCCGAUGGGACCUUCCUCCUUCGCUUCAGCGACUCAGAGAUUGGAGGCAUCACCAUUGCUCACGUCAUCCGGGGCCAGGAUGGCUCCCCACAGAUAGAGAACAUCCAGCCAUUCUCUGCCAAAGACCUGUCCAUUCGCUCACUGGGGGACCGAAUCCGGGACCUUGCUCAGCUCAAAAACCUCUACCCCAAGAAACCCAAGGAUGAGGCUUUCCGGAGCCACUACAAGCAUGAACAGAUAGGUAAGGAUGGCAGGGGUUACGUCCCAGCUACCAUCAAGAUGACUGUGGAAAGGGACCAGCCGCUCCCCACCCCAGAGCCCCAAAUGCCUCCCAUGGUGCCCACUUAUGACCUUGGAAUGCCCCCUGACUCCAUGACCAUGCAGAUCAGCCCAGAUAUGGUGCCCCAGGUGUACCCACCACACUCUCACUCCAUGUCCUCAUACCAAGCCCUCCCCCGGGAAGAAUCAGUCAAUGUGUUGCGAGCCUUCCAGGAACCUCACCUGCAGAUGCCCCCCAACCUGAGCGACAUGAGCCUGCCCUUUGACCAAACGCACCCCCACAGGGGCCUGCUGUCGUGCCAGCCUCCGGAGCAUGCCAUGUCCAGCCCCGAGUCCCUGCUCUGCCCGGAUGUGACCAUGAGGGAAGACAGCUGCCUGAGCCAGCCUGUAGGAGGGUUCACUCCUGGGACCUGGGUUGAUGAAGACAUGUUUCCGCACUUGCUGCCUCCCACUGAACAGGACCUCACCAAGCUUCUCCUGGAGGGUCAAGGGGAAUCAGGGGGAGGGUCCUUGGGAGCCCAGACCCUCCUGCAGCCCUCCUCCUAUGGGCAGUCUGGGAUCUCAAUGUCUCACUUGGACCUAAGGGCCAACCCCAGUUGGUGAUCCCAGCUGGAGGAGGAGCCGAGAGAGACAGCUCUUCUACCCCCAUGGACCUGCUCUGGACACCUGCCCACGCUCCUGCCAAGCAGCAGACAGGGAGGGUGUCCUGUCCCCACCUACUUCCUGGUCAGGAGGAAAAGACUGCCUGGAGAAGGCACAGUGGGUGGAGCCUAUCCACUCCUUCCCUCUUAUCACAUGCCCCUGCCCUCUCCCUUCCAGUACCGGAAGAGAAAUUCAGGUUCCAAAGUGACACACCCCAGCAUGCCUGCACACGCACCACACACACACACUCACGGCUCUCUCCCGGAGAUGGGACUGAGCAGGAAGUGAAAUGGGCAAGAGCAGAAGUUAGGUAUGGAGGGCUUCUCCUCCCACCCAUAGCCAGGACUCGGGAUGCACAGACACAUGUGCACACUUGCACUAGAGGCCGGGGAUGGGCUUGGGUCCCUGGGGGAUGAGGAAGCAGUUUAGGAGACCCUGAGUGGGAGAAGAGGGACUUGUACACUUGGUUAUUGAUGUGGGUUACACCUACGUUAAAAAUCAAAUCCCAAACAGCUCCAGAUUCCUGUCAGUCAGAAGCUUUUGGCUGUGUAUGUGAAAUGCAUGGCCUGAGUUUCUUGGUGUAUAGCUAUGUGAAAGUGUGUAUACCUGAGACACGUGGACAUACAGAUGUCACACAUAUUCAUCUUCUGGCCACAUAAUCCGAUUUUGUCUACGUGACAAGUUCUGAAGCGUGAAACACUGCAAAAAGACACUGGCGAGUGUGCUGACCUCUCUGAUGUAUGCUAACCCAGAUGUACUCAGCUCUGAAUAUGACUGUCCAGGUAGGACUAUGUACCUGUGACAUCUGCAUGUGGCUGCAGCUUCCGUGUCUCAACAUCACCAGUCAUGCAGGGGUGAGAAUUGGGGGCCACACCAGUUGUGUGAUCCCCUCGGUGUAUUAGGGUCUCUCCCCCAUUGCUUCCUUUCUAUUUCCCCAGGCACCUCCACUCUCCUAUCCCAUGCCACCCUUUCUCCCUCUUGGGAGUCAUAGAUCCUAAGCCAUAAAAUAAAUUUUAUUCCAAAAUA